AUGGGCCAUCAAACAAUGGUCCUAUUUCUUUCUCUUGAGGCACUGACUACAGCCUCAGUUCACAAUUUUCACACUUUUCAUUCCCAAUUCUUCAUUUAUCCUUCCUGUUUUUCAUUUUCAAUUCUUCUCCAUUUUUUCUUCCGUGUUUUAAUUUUUCUUCAUUUUUUUAUCUCUGCUUUUAAUUCUCAAUUCUUUUUUUUAUUUUUUUCAUCCCUGCUUUUCCUUCUCAUUUCUUCUCUACUUUUUCUUUCUAGCUUUUCAUUCUCCACCUGCUUCAUUUUUUUUCAUCACUAUUUUUCAUUCUCCAUUCUUCAUUUUUUCCUUCCUACUUUUCAUUCUCAAUUUUGCUCCAUUUUUCCUCCCUGCUUUUCAUUCUCAAUUUUUCUUCAUUUUUUCUUUCCUGCUUUUUAUUCUCAGUUCUUCUUCAUUGUUUUUGUUACAUUCUCUUUCUUUUCUCUGAUACUGUCUUCCCAUUUUAAUUAUGAAAUUUUCUUGUUAUCCUCUCUCUCUCCCCCUCUCUCUCCCCCUCUCUCUCCCCCUCUCUCCCCCUCUCUCCCCCUCCCCCCCUCUCUCUCACUUCUUGAUUUUUUUCUUUCCUCCUUGUUUUUCUCUUCUUUCUCUCAUGCUUCUACUUGUUUUCUUUCUUUUCACUCUUCACAUUGCUUUUGA